AUUCAUAUAUAUAUAACCGUUCAUUCACUUCAUAUGGUUGUACAAAAUUAGUUUUGCAAAGCAAGAUAUACAAUUUUGGACACAAGCAAUAUUGUUAUAUCGAAUGUUGCGUAAAUUUUAUUUAACUCCACAAAAUGCCAUCGCUAAAGGGUCAACGCAGAUUCAAUGUUUUUGUAUGCGAACGAAAUUGACCAAUGGUAAUGUGAUGCAACAGAGCAAAAUUCUUGAAAAAUUGUUUGGAAAUCGAUUGACGGGAAGUAAGAAGCGUUGGUACCCCUUGCAAAAUAUGAAUAGAGGUAUUCAGCAACCAAGCAUUGUAUUUCAAAGGUCUACAUUUGGAAAGUCUUUCCCGCAUACCACCAAACUUAACACCCGUCGUAUUUCCGUCUUGAACAAGUUGUUCAUGACAAACAUCACAGAUUUGCUGGCCACUGGAGCGGCUGCGCAAUCAAUUGUGGGAUUAGGACUGCAUGUGACCCGUGUGAAUAUUUCAGGCGACUUCUCCCACAUCAAUGUAUAUUGGCUGGGCCGCACAGAUGCACAAGAAAAUGCUCUUGAACCAGAGCUGUGGCGCUAUAGCAAUCAUCUCCAACAUGAGCUCACUCAACUGCGUCUUAUGGGUAAAAUGCCCCGGAUAAAAUUUGUUCGCGACCAGCCGGCUACGAAUCAUUUUCAACUGCAGGGUAUACUCUCAGAUCUAAAUUUUAAUAAACACUUUUUAAGAGAAAAGGCCAUGGACUAUUCGGCGAGACAGAAAGUUUUAUUAACAGACAUGAGUUGGCCCAAAAUGCGACAAGAUGUUCUUGACCUUAACCAUAACUGUAUUGUUGACAAGAUUAUUUCCAAAAUUCGCAAGCUUAAAGAAGCCUGGGUAAAUUAUUUACAAUAUUAAAGCGCAUAAAACGCUUAAUUUGCAAAUGCUCUUCCAAUAGAAAAGCGAAUCAACUUGUUUUUGUUAUUACAUUUUUUUUUAAUUUUAUGCAUGUAUCAAUAAAUAUACCAAUAGACUUGA